AUGGCUCUGCCCUCACCCACUUCCUUGUCCCGGCCAUGGACGACCUCCAUGACACCCUCACGUCUCUUGGCCUCAACCGCGACAUCGUCGUACUGUCCUCGCCACACCGUCCUACCAACCCUCCAACGUAGUCUUCCGCCCGGACCUCCCCCUUUACAUCUACCCCUCCUCGCAUUCCAUGCCGACACUGGCUCCCCUCUCUUCGUCAACGCCUACCCCUACUUCGUGUACGCGAAGGAUCCAUUCGACGUCACACUUGAAGAGACUCUCCUCGACCCGGUGUCUGUCGCCUUCACCGACCCGGCCGCCGACCUCAGCUACGCCAACCGCGCCAUUGCGGUCGUAGCGUCGCCUUCCUUGAAGGGCGACAGGGUCGGGGUGCAGGAGUCAGAGACGGGGCCCGGAGAACGCAGCACGAUACAAUGGCAAGCUGAUUCAACCGGUGGUAAUGCAGAAGGGGACGUCGUUUUGGGCCUACAUCUUCGCCCUCUUCAACGAGAACCAAAAGGCCGGGCCGUCCUCCGAGCACAACUGCGACCUCUUCAAGUCUGA